UUGACAACAACCAUUUUCGUGGGAUUCACCGAGAAACAAAAUUUAUAAAAUAAUUUCUAUCGCUUUUUGUGAUAAGAGGGUACAUAAACUACUGUGAGAAUAUUUGCCGACCUCAUGUGGAUUAUUCGCGUUGCGAGAAGCGGCAGGAACCGUGUGAUUUCUUAUUUUUUUUGCUGAUUUAAGAAACUUGAGCAGUUUAAGUUUUAAGUUCGUUAGUUUAAUAGUAAUUAAAAAGUUAAAACUAUAGGAUGGAUGAAGAGGAUACGAAACAAUGUCCCAAUUGCAAGCGCGAGAUCCCCUCGAUCAACUUCACGACGCACUCUGUGCACUGCGCGCGCAACCUCCGCAACUGCCCCGUCUGCAAGGAGCCGGUGCCCGUGGCACAACUGCAGGAGCACCACGACGCGCUGCACAAAGAAGUGCCGUGUAAGAAGUGUGGCGAGAGCGUCUGCGGGACGGACCUCGAGGACCACAUCAGGGAUUCCUGUGCACAGACCAUCAAGCCAUGCAGAUAUUGCGAGUUAGAGCUCCCACGCCACGCUCUACCGCCACACGAGACGUACUGCGGGGCGCGCAGCGAGCAAUGCCCCGAGUGCAAGGAGUACGUCAUGAUCAAGUACCGGCAGCUGCAUUUGGACUCCAACCACGGCUUUAUCCGGCUCUCUGACGAUCCUGUGCCAAUAGAAAUCAAAGCAAAACCAAAACCUAUCACCAACGGCUUUGCCAACCCGUCCACCAGCCGCCAAAACGAACCCAACAGAGCCAGACCUCAAACUGAGAUACCUCAGACCACUAGAUCCGACCUUAAAAAUAAACCUCAGACUGAGAUACGAUUUAAAAGCCAAGAUAAUAGUAGUGUUAUGAAUGGGGUUAAUGGCGGUAGGAAUAUAGAACAGAGAGCUAGCGAUAAUUCUAGAAAUGAAAGAGCUGUAGAUAGGGUAUGUAAUGUGGGGACAAGUGGGGACAGGAGUGGGAGUGGGAGGGUCACGGUGAAGAGGACCAACGAUCAGCCGCAGAUCAACACGAGUGUGGAACCCAGAGAAAAGGUGCAUAAGCAGUUAGCAACUCGCGGCGCCGUCAAGAAGCGGCCCGCGCCGCCGCCGCCGCCGCCGCCCCCGGCGGGCCCCAGGCGCGACCUCCCGUUUUGGAGCGCUCAAAAGCGAGCACAGGACGAAGAGCGAAAGCGACAGGAACAAAAUGCUUACAACCUUUCUGUCGGCCUCCCACCCGUCCUCUCACCAGCAGCCAAACUCGACAAGCUCCGCAAAAUGGACGCCCUCCACAACCGAGAGUUAGAAGAGGACUACAGUAACAAGCUGCGAGGCCGAGUAUGGCAACCCACGGAGCCUGACGGACAUAGACUGGGCGGAGAGACAGACGAACAGAUCGACGAUCUAAGCCACCUGCGGCCUAUGACUGCGCAGCAGUUCAUGGACAGGUUAAUGGACGCCCUCCACAACCGAGAGUUAGAAGACUACAGUCACAAGCUGCAAGGCCGAGUAUGGCAACCCACGGAGCCUGACGGACAUAGACUGGGCGGAGAGACAGACGGGCAGAUCGACGAUCUAAGCCACCUGCGGCCUAUGACUGCGCAGCAAUUCAUGGACAGGUUCCAAGAGCUCCAACUAGGCCCAGAGCGGCGCCGAGCCACUCGCGGGGCGCCGGGGGGCUCCGGCGCGGCGUGCGGGGACCGCUUCAGCGAGAUCAAGUCCUCGUUGAGGGAGCUGCGACGAGGGCUCAACGAGGUAACAGCACCAUACAACUCUGCACCGAAUGCUACCAACAAUACUAACAUAGACAGCAACCGCCUGUGCCCGCCGAGCCCGCCAGCCGGCGCCGGCGACGCCGGUGAGCUGCGGCUGCCGUGCGAGUUCUGCGGCCUCCCUAUACUAGCCGACGACUUAGUAUUACACCAGACUGGGUGCCGGCCCGACUUGACCCGGUACCGGCCGAGGAAGUCCUCCCGCCCCCGCUCCCCGCGCGCGCCGCCGCCGCGCCCGCGCCCCGCGGACGAGGCGGACGACCCCGUCAUACCGUGCCAGUUCUGCACCCAGUCGCUGCCUGUGUACCUUAUUAGUGAACAUCAGGAGCGGUGUCGUCGAGAUGCGAACGUGUUAUACCCGGACUGAGACAAAUAUUGACAUUUAAUUAACUAUACUAUAUUGUGGCUUUCCAUCAAAGAAGCACAUGGUCCAAUGUCUGUGCGUUUCACUCUUUCACUAAGCAAAAUGUGAGACGUAAGACAUAUUGGACGAAGAAAUUGGACAGUUGGAAUACCGCCCUAAGGAACGUUUCCAAUGGAAAAGGGUCCUUAUGCAAAUGGAGCAUAUAGCGGAUGGUGCUGGGCCUAACAUACGGCGUUGCAUGAAUAAGAGAUGGAUUCAUGCAACGCCGUGGUUGACCUUUUUAUGCUCUGAGCACACUCAACUAAAAGAAAUCCUUCUCUAAUGGAAAGCCACUAAUGACUAUUGCAUGACAAUUAUUUUUAAACUCUUCCACGACAGUGUUCUAGCUUCAAUUAUUAACCGAGUGCUGAGAUGCAUAAAAUAGUCGCUGACGUAGAUGGCGCUGUAAAUUAUACGUAAAAAGGUUGUCUACAAGGUCAACGUUUAUCAAUGGAUUUAUCAGAAUGUGUAUAAUGUGGUGGUACUGGUGCUCGACGCGGUCCCAGUACAUGUCAUCUUGAAACUUAAGUCAUUGUCAAUAGAGGUGACAACAGGGUGUCAUAUAUUGGGCAUUAGCAUGUCGACCACUACCUUAUAGUCCUCCUUAGGUAACUUUGCACCGAAUUAAACAGAACAUAGUGAGGGAGUGUCAAUUUUUCAUAAUGUCAUUGUCAUUAACGAUGACAUUGGCACACUUUGUCAGUGCAAAUGCCAUACAGAGUUAGGGCUGAUUUAGACGAUGCGAGAACUCGCAUACGAGUUUCAUACCAUUGCGGGUUUUUAUCGGCCGGUUGAAUUAGACGUAACCAACAGUCUGCAAUGUAACUAAAAUCGCAUGCGAGUUCGCGCGCCGUCUAAAUCAACUAAUAUUUUGGUCCUACUAUUCAGUGCGAUCUUCUUCUGACAUAUUUGCAGCUAGGUACAAUGUUUUGGCACUAUUAUAUGCGUCUUAGUAUUAUUUAUAUUUUUAGACAUAAUUAUUUCUAUUUUGUUUACUUAUAAAACCAACAAGUUAAUUCAAAUCUUUAUAAUACAUAAUGCUUAUGAAUUGUACGACGUCAAAAUUGGCGAAUCCUUCAAAAUAUUUAUAUUUCAUUGUUAUACUCUAUAAAUACGAUCAAAUACAAUAAAACCGUUCAUGAGACUUAGUAAUUGCAAAAUUAACUUAAAUCUAUUAAAUUCGCUCUAAAAUACGCCAGUAAAGUAAUUAAAAAAUAUAUCUUAAAUCUUUGGUAUCGUCUUGGGUCGUCCCAUUCGUUUUUCGUCAAGUUCUUAAAUUAGUCCUAUUCUGCUUUCGUCACUCAUUCUACAUUGAAAGCCUCCGACGAUGGUGACGAAUGUAGAAUGGGUGACGAAAGCAGAAUAGGACUAACUUAGGAACUUGGCGAAAAACGAAUGGAACGACCCAAGACGAUACCAAAUCUUUGUCUCAAAUAUCAAUCCUUGCCAUUUAUACGUUAAACUUUUUAGUUGUUACUGAUAUCUUUGUUAUUUCAAACUGUGUCCUCAUUUGAGCAGCCACUGUAAAUGCGUCGUCUGCAUUUAUUCGCGUAGCUGACGAGGCAAACUCAUUCUCGAAAUGCCUCGAUUCUUUACGAGUAUAAAGCAUUUCUCAGUGAGGCAUUUGCGACGCAAGUAACUGUUUACUGCUCAAAUACAGACAUAGUUUUAGUAUAAUUAAAAAAAAAAACAAUCACAGACACGGUCAUUGUGAUUGGUCAAAUGACCAUUUAUUUUUCGUAGGCUAUGAAUAUUUAGUAUUUAGUAAACAAAGUGCCAAGCGUAAAACGCAUUUUAGAAUAUAUAUUAUGAUAACUAUAGGCUAUUGGAAAAUAUAUUUAGAUAAGUAUGUAUAACAACUAUUUUACGAUAGAUAAUAUAUGAAUUGACUGUUUUCUGUUAGAUCUUUGUAAUAAAUAUAAUCUGUGUUGCUAUUAUUCUAAUUGAUCAUUUCUAGUGUUGCUAUUAUAUUCCAAAAUAAAAAAAUCUAAUUGUUU